AUUAUAAUAGGUUUCUGUUUCUUCAAAUGAUAACAUUUACUCUGUUUGUUGGAUCAAUCCCCGCUGGAAGGAAUGACUUCGGAGAGUGGAUGCUCGUCACGUAAUUUCUUUAGGAAUAACGAAAUGACUGACCUAAUGUGGACAUCAAACAUCGCCAAGAUACUUGUGGAAUUGAUAAUUGAACAAGUUCAGCGAGGAAGGAAAGAAUUGGAAUGGGGGUUUAUAUGUGAUGAGUUCUGCUCGAGAUCAAAAUUGAUGUGGGAUGAAGAACAAUUGAAGCACCAAUAUGCUGUUAUGAGAAAGCAGUACCUCAUUGUGAAGUCGAUAUUCGAUCGGGAUGACUUCUCGUGGCAUGAAAGUACUGGGAUUAUUGUGGCCACAGUGGCCACAGACGAUGCCAGAUUUAUAGAGGAGGAGAAUCUUUAUCUAACGUACGAAGAUUUAUGCAGAAUUUUCUCCAAUUCUGAUGGUGGUCAAGAAACGAGUCAACCUACUAAACCUAAUUCAUCAAAUAGUCGUAAAAGAGGGAGGAAGUCAGGAGAUGAUGCAACAUAUACAAUGGCAGGGAAGAAAUCAGGCGAGGAUGCAACGUAUACAAUAGCAGAUUGUAUUAAAAGAUUGGAUGAAAUUGCUAAAAUGCAUGGACUUGAAGAAGAUAUUUAUUUUGGAGCUUUGGUACUGUUCAAGGAACCAAAUGUCAGAGAGACCUUCCUCUCUCUCAAGGUAGACAAGUGCUGUAACUGGCUGCAAAGGAACGUUUGAUAUACCAUCCCUCGAUAGUUUCAAUUGUUUCAAAAUAAAUUUAUGGAAACUUCUUUUCCAUUUCGCUCCUGUGAAAGUUCUAUUAGAUCUUACGAGGCAAUUUUUGAUGUUCAUUAGGUGAUGUAGCUGGAAGUUCAAAUUCGACUGCAGGCAAAUGCAAGGGCAACAUGAUUUUUUACUCCCAUUGGCACCCAGUUUGCAGAGUCAAGACCAACCAUCUAACUUUUGAGUCAAUGUACAAAACAUAAUCUUGAUCAUAUAGUUCUCAUCAAAUAAACAUGAUUUUUAGUGCUCAUCAAAUAAACAUGAUUUUUAGUGCGA